AUGUUUGAUGGUGAUUAUGACGACCCAGAUGAUUUUAACGAUGAAGAGCAAAAUUACAUUAGUUUAACACCUCAUGCAGCACACAAACUGCCAGUCGAGGAUAAGUACCUUCUUGUACUAAUGAAACUUCGAACGGGUGUAAGCGUCGUUGAUCUGGGAGAAAAAUUUAAUAUUGCCGAGAGUACGGUUAACAAUAUAUUCCUUACCUGGAUAAACUAUCUGUAUGUCACAAUUGGAAGCAUUAAUUUAUGGCCACACAGAGAUAUUAUUUUACAAAACGCACCUGCAGAGUUCUUUGAGAAGUAUCCAAAUAAAAUUGCGAUUAUUGAUGCAACUGAACUGAUGAUUGAAGUCCCAAGUGCACUUCAGAAGCAUAGUGAAAGUUACAGUACAUAUAAAUCUCACACAACCUUAAAUUGUCUUCUUGGUGUCAAUCCUCAAGGGGGGAUCAUGUUUAUAUCUCAACUCUGUGAGGGUUCUAUCAGUGAUAGGCAAAUAGUUCAAAGAAGUGGUUACCUAGAUAUCCUAGAUAAAAAAGUAAUGGUCCAUGAAAUAAAUAUAGGGGAUGCAUUCAUGGCUGACAAAGGUUUUGAUAUUCAAAAUGAUUUAAAGAAACUAGGUUUGCAACUUAAUAUCUUUCCAUUCUCGAAAGACAAGGUUGGUUUUCAAGAAGAUGAUUUCAUUAAAACCCAAACAAUUGCAAGGCGUCGCAUAUAUGUGGAGAGAGCUAUUUGCAAAGUUAGAGGGUUUUGA